CUUCUUCUUCCACCUUCUUCCUUUUCUUCUACCGGCCAGUCUCCUCUUGACGAAAACACCGGCCUGACUCGUCCUCCCUCACUCUCUUUUCACUUUCGACUCGUCGUCGAACCUUACGCUCCUUUAACCAACAAAGCCCGAGAACCGCCGCAAACGUCCGCGGUCGCCCUUCUCGGCCCACACUCGUUUUAACGGUUCAGCACCUUCGUCACCUAUCCUGUCUUUCUUGUCACGAUGAAGUUCCCCAUCGUCGCCGUUGCGGCUUCUGUUCUCUCAACUGCUGGUCUGGUUGCAGGUGACCCUCAUGUCAUCCAGGUUCGCGCCGAGGACCUUCAGGUCCGCAAACAUGGCGGUCACAGUUUCAAGAUUUCCCAGAUUUUUAACCACAAAUACCAACACAAGGUUAAGGGCAAGGGCAUCAGAGAUGUCGCCAAGGUCUACACAAAGUUCAACAUGAAAUUCCCCGACCACCUUCGCGAGGCCCUCGUCCGCGUCUUUGGCGACCUGGGCGUCAAGAUCCCUGGCAACCUCCACGCCUUGAACGACGGCUCUUUCUCAGCUGGUUCCCAGGGUGAGGUUGAUGCUACGCCUGUCCAAUUCGAUGUUCAGUAUCUCGCCCCCGUCCAGAUCGGCUCCCCGCCGCAGACGGUCAUGAUGAACUUCGACACCGGCUCUUCCGAUCUCUGGGUCUUCAGCUCCGAGACCCCUGCCAAGCAGCGCAAUGGCCAGAAGAUCUACAACAUGACCCAGAGUACCACCGCCGAGCUCGUCGACGGUCAUGUUUGGAGGAUCUCGUACGGUGACGGCAGCAGCUCGUCCGGAAAUGUCUACACUGACAAGGUUAGCAUUGGCGGCGUCGAGGUGGACAAGCAGGCUGUUGAGAUUGCCACCCAUGUGUCCAACUCUUUCACCAAUGACGCUGCCUCCUCCGGUCUCGUCGGUCUCGCCUUUGACUCCAUCAACCAGGUCAAGCCCCGCAAGCAAAAGACCUUCUUCGGCAAUGCGAUCGACGACCUAGCCAUGCCGCUGUUCAGUGCCAAUCUCAAUAAGGCUGAGCCUGGCAACUACAACUUUGGCUUCCUCGACCAUGAGGAAUUCGUCGGUCCCAUCAGCUUCGUCGACGUUGAUGCUUCCCGCGGUUUCUGGGAGUUCGAGGCCAGCGGCUAUACCCUUCCCGCCUCCAACUUUACCGAGUCCAAUAACAAGACCGGUGUUUUCCAGUCCCUGACCCACACCGCCAUUGCCGACACCGGCACCACCCUCCUCAUGCUCCCCCAGCCCAUCGUCGAGGAUUACUACGGUCAGGUCGCCAAGGCCCGCAGCGACAAUGCUUUUGGUGGUUAUGUAUUCCCCUGCAAUGCCGACCUCCCGGACCUCAUCCUCCACAUUGGCUCCUACAAGGCUCGCCUCACCGGUGAUCUCAUCAAGUACGCUCCCGCCGACACCGAUGACUUUGCGACGGCCAAGUGGUGCUACGGUGGCCUCCAGAGCGCCCAGGGCUUCCCCUUUUCCAUUUACGGAGACAUCUUCUUCAAGGCCCAAUUUGUUGUGUUCCAGGGUGGUGUGAUCGAUAAGGAUGACUGGUCCAAGGGCGCCAAGUUGGGCUUUGCUGCCAAGCCUGGCACUCAGCUUCCUCAGGAGACGGAGACACCCGCGGUACCGGACGUUCUGCCCAUCAACAACGUUACCAGCCCGGUUGGAAGCGGCCGCAGACGCACUGGCGGUGGUUCUUGUCGUGCUCGCGUUAAAUAAGUUAUAA